GGUGCGCUGGCGGCCGCUCCACCAGGAGGUCACUGCCCGUGCCGGUUCCUCCCGCCGUCCCGCCCUCUCCCGCCGCCGCCGCCUCUCCCGCCCCGGCUCCCCCACUCCGCGCUCGAGAGCGAGGAGCCGCCAGCGCCCUCGGCCGCCAUUCGGCUCCCGAAACUUUCCAGCGCCCGCGCCUCUGGGACUCGGGGGCGGCGCGCGGCUGGUCCGGGCGCCGGGCCCUGCUCGGCCGCGGCGCGGCCCUGCUCGGCGACGGCCGCGGUAGGGAGGGCGCAGCGCGGCGCCGCCGCCACAAGUUGCGCUGCUCGCGGAGAGGAACUGGAGAGGGAAUAAUUCUGCUCAGCAUUGCCAUAUCCGGGGCCUGGCACAGUGCCUGUCUGGAGUGUGUAUUCGUCAGCUCAGGCUGCACUAACACAACAUCACUGAGUCUUGGCAGACACUUGGCAGUCUGUAUGGUCGGAUGCUGACUGGUCCAAAGGUCCACACAUGAAGUCACUAUAAAGGAGGAAGUCGUAGGCCUUUCUCCUUGCUGAAACUGAAGAAGGUGGCCCCGCUGCGUUAAAACCUCAUUGCCGCGAGGUAAGGCUAAGAUGAGCAUCACCAGUGACGAGGUGAACUUCCUGGUGUAUCGCUAUCUGCAGGAGUCAGGUUUUUCCCACUCAGCGUUCACAUUCGGGAUCGAGAGCCACAUCAGCCAGUCGAACAUCAAUGGGACGCUUGUGCCCCCGGCUGCCCUCAUCUCCAUCCUGCAGAAGGGACUGCAGUAUGUGGAAGCAGAGAUCAGCAUCAACGAGGACGGCACAGUGUUUGACGGCCGCCCCAUAGAGUCCCUGUCCCUGAUUGACGCGGUGAUGCCUGACGUCGUGCAGACACGGCAGCAGGCCUUCCGGGAGAAGCUGGCCCAGCAGCAGGCUUCGGCGGCAGCAGCCACAACCACAGCCACAGCCACAGCGGCAGCCACAGCAACUCCAGCAGCUGUCUCCCAGCAAAACCCACCAAAGAACGGAGAAGCCACGGUGAACGGGGAAGAGAAUGGGGCACAUGCAAUCAAUAAUCAUUCGAAACCGAUGGAAAUAGACGGAGACGUUGAGAUUCCACCCAACAAAGCCACAGUCCUUCGGGGCCAUGAGUCUGAGGUGUUCAUUUGUGCCUGGAACCCUGUCAGUGAUCUCCUAGCUUCCGGAUCUGGAGAUUCAACUGCAAGGAUAUGGAACCUUAAUGAAAACAGCAAUGGGGGGUCCACACAGCUCGUGUUGAGGCACUGUAUACGAGAAGGAGGCCACGACGUCCCGAGUAACAAAGACGUGACCUCGCUGGACUGGAAUAGCGACGGGACACUGUUGGCCACAGGCUCAUAUGAUGGUUUUGCAAGAAUAUGGACGGAAGAUGGUAACCUGGCCAGCACCUUAGGCCAACAUAAAGGCCCCAUCUUCGCCUUGAAAUGGAACAAAAAGGGGAAUUACAUUCUGAGUGCAGGUGUGGAUAAAACAACAAUAAUUUGGGACGCCCACACAGGAGAAGCCAAACAGCAGUUUCCGUUUCAUUCCGCCCCUGCUCUCGAUGUAGACUGGCAGAACAACACCACCUUUGCCUCCUGUAGCACAGACAUGUGUAUCCACGUCUGCAGACUCGGCUGUGACCGCCCGGUCAAAACCUUCCAAGGACACACGAAUGAGGUCAAUGCCAUUAAGUGGGAUCCUUCUGGAAUGUUGCUAGCAUCCUGCUCCGAUGACAUGACAUUAAAGAUCUGGAGUAUGAAGCAAGAUAUGUGUGUCCAUGACCUUCAGGCUCACAGCAAAGAGAUAUACACCAUCAAGUGGAGUCCCACCGGGCCAGCCACCAGCAACCCCAAUUGCAACAUUAUGUUAGCGAGUGCUUCGUUUGACUCUACGGUUCGGCUGUGGGAUGUGGAGCGAGGUGUUUGCACCCACACGCUAACCAAGCACCAGGAACCUGUCUAUAGUGUAGCUUUUAGCCCUGACGGGAAAUACUUGGCCAGUGGCUCCUUUGACAAGUGCGUGCACAUCUGGAACACUCAGAGUGGGAAUCUCGUUCACAGCUACCGAGGCACUGGCGGCAUCUUCGAGGUGUGCUGGAGCGCCCGAGGGGACAAAGUGGGCGCCAGUGCGUCCGACGGCUCCGUGUGUGUGUUGGAUCUGCGAAAGUAAACACAAAACAUUACAGAAGAAAAUUCUCAUGGACCAGCAGUGAAGGUGGGGGUCACAGCACUCUUCAGACACAAUCCUAUCAGCUCCAAAACUGUACGAACUUGACUUGCAUUAGAGUGUACUUUGAAAGCAACUCAUCCCUGGCCA